GAACAACACGCAAGUUCGCACCGAGGGAUAGCAAGACGUGUGCGUAUGCUAGGUAUAAUACCAACAUACAUACAUACAUACAUACAGACGCGCAUAGGUAUAUUACUUGCGCACCUACACGCGUACAUACACCACUCACGUCAGUAUACCCAUACCUACAUACCCACGUACCUGUCUGCAUGGCGCACACAUGCGCUACGCAGGCCCAGCCUCUAUCUCACGUACACGCUCGCACACGUACAUGAUGUACACGUGCAGCGGCCGGCGGCGGUAGAUCUCUUCCAGGCUUGCCCAUGUCGCAGCAGGCAAGGGGGGCGGUGUUGUGGAUCUCUCGGGCAGCAAGAGCCGGCACUGUCUCCGGGACCCUGUCGCGCGCGCGACCCCUGCGAGCUUCUUUUUCGUCUCUCUCUUUCUUUCUUCUCUUUCUUUUCCCUUUCUUCCUCCCGCGCGCAGAGGACCGGGGGAGGGAAGUGCCCUCGCAUGCGAAACAGACUCGAUGUGGAUCUCGGCGCCGUCUUGGCGGCGCGCCCGCAGCGCGCGGGAUAUUUUUAUCUAGCCAGCUUCAUGCGCGGGAGAUUGCCCAGACGCGUGCCAAGGCCCGGAUGCGAACCAAUGUGUUUCUUUCUAUCCCUCCUCCUCGUCCGUCGCUCUCUCUGUACGUGUGAAUGAGUAAGGUCUAUCUAUCUCUCAUCUAUCUCUCUAUCUCUCUAUCUCUCUAUCU